CAGCACUAUAGCUGUUGGCACGAUGAUGGCAACAAAUGGAUUAUUAACGUCCACUCAAAGAAACGUGGCGAGCGAUGAUGAAGCUGUCCGUAAUCUUCAGGCAUAUGUACGAAUAAGAAGCGUUCAUCCGAAUGUAAAUUAUGAGGCAUGUCUGGUAUAUCUUAGAGGUCAAGCCGCACAGCUGGGUUUACCUGUCCAAGUUUUUGAGGUGGUCCCACAUAAACCUAUACUGAUAAUGACCUGGGAAGGGCAGGAACCAGCCCUUCCAAGUAUUCUCCUCAACUCGCAUAUGGACGUUGUACCUGUGUUUGAAAAAAGUUGGACAUACCCACCAUUCGAAGCUCGUAUAGUGGACGGAGUUAUUUACGGUCGCGGUGUGCAGGACAUGAAGUCCGUUGCCGUACAGUACUUGGAGUCAAUAAAACGACUCAAAAACAAAGGCGUUACUUUUAAGCGCACAAUACACUUGAGUUUUGUUCCAGACGAAGAAGUCGGGGGAGAACAGGGUAUGGCGCAAUUUAUCAAGUCCGAACAUUUUAAAAAGUUAAAUAUCGGUUUUGCGCUAGACGAGGGUCUUGCUAGCCCCACAGAUCAUUACGUUGUAUACAAUGGAGAAAGAAGCAUUUGGCAUGUAAGAGUAAUUUGCCCCGGAAUGUCCGGUCACGGCUCUCUACUGUUGCCUGACAAUUGUGGUGAAAAGAUGCGAUUCAUCAUAGACAAGUUCAUGGACCUUCGUCAAGAGUCUAAAAAGAAAUUAGAAGAAAACCCUCAAUUAACGAUCGGCGAUGUAACAUCCAUCAAUCUAACAAUGCUUAAGGGUGGCAUCCAAGAAAACGUAAUUCCUGAGAAACUAACCGUCAGUUUUGAUUUGCGUUUAGCCUUGUCUGUUGAUUUCGUCGAGUUUGAAAAUAUGAUUAAGGAUUGGUGUACGAAAGCUGGAGCAAACGUAACCUACGAGUUCGUUCAAAAGGAUGAUUAUGUCUCACCAACUCCUGCUGAUUCCUCCAAUGGCUACUGGAUGGCUUUUAAGACCACCAUUGAACAACUAGAUAUUCCAUUGGACCUUCGAACAUUUCCUGGUGGCACCGACUCUCGUUUUAUUCGUAAAACAGGCGUCCCUGCCUUAGGAUUUUCGCCGAUGCGACGUACUCCACCAGGUCUUCAUGAACAUAAUGAAAGUCUUCAAAUAUCUGUGUUCUUAGAAGGCAUCAAAACAUAUGAAGCUGUUAUUCCUGCUAUUGCUAAUGUGUAAUUAAGUUAUUCCUUUUACUGGCAACGCUUUAUACCAACCAUAGAAUUUCAAUGGAAAUCGUGACCAAGCGUUGGCUAACUUUUCGUUAUAAGUUUAUAUUUCGAUAACCUAACCCCCUGUCGCAAAGGAUUUUUUUCUUAGGUUGCAGCGUACCCCAAAAUAUUGUUGCAUUAUGUCUAAAUUAAAUUAUAACUUUCAAUAGAAGUAAUCAACAGUAAAUCUUUGUUUUAACUCUAAAAAAUAAGACAUUAUUUAUAAUACAAAUGAAUUGUGAUAUAUGUCAUAUUACACACAUUUACAUCAUUGAUAAAAUAAAAGCAUCAUGAGGAGUUAUUAAAAAAACUGAUCAACUGCAUUCUUAAAAUUCACACACAAUAGUUAUUAAAUGGUUGCCUUAAAACUCUGUAUAAGUGUAGAAAAUUAUUACUGAACAUAUUUUCAAUGGGACAAAUA